GCGCAGCUCUCGCGAGAGCUGUAGAAAACGGAAGCGCAGUUUGUGCAGGAUGCGGUUCCUGGUUGCGUGUCUCCUGCUGAAUGUCGCCGCGGCGGGCCCCACGCCGCUCGCCUCGGGGCCGGACGCCGCGAGUUCGCAUGGGCUGAUCCCCGUGCAGGAGAAGGGAGCCACCCCAGGCCAGUCUUCUACAGAGAGAGGGACCAGCAGGCCCCUGGAGAGCCGGCCGUCCUCGCCGCAGAAGCCGCCCCCCGACCGGCCUUCCAGCAUCGGCGGGACCAGCGCGUCGGAACAGGGGCAGGGCCCCCCGAAAGGAGUCACCAGCGGGUCGGAACAGGGGCAGGGUCCCCCUAAAGGAGUCACCAGCGGGUCGGAACAGGGGCAGGGUCCCCCUAAAGGAGUCACCAGCGGGUCGGAACAGGGGCAGGGCUCCCCUAAAGGAGGUGCCAACGGGUCGGAACCGAGCCAGGGCCCCCCGAAAGGGGUCACCAGCGGGUCGGAACAGGAGCAGGGCCCCCCGAAAGGAGUCACCAGCGGAUCGGAACAGGGGCAGGGCCCCCCGAAUGGAGGAGCCAGCGGAUCGGAACAGGAGCAGGGCCCCCUGAAAGGAGGCGCCAGUCCCUCGUCAGGUAACCAGGAGACCCCCAAGACUGAUAAAACCCAGCCGCCUGGAAAAGAUCACCCCUCUCUGCAAACUUCCAAAACUAAAGCUGGGGAGAGAGUGACAGUGGACUCGGACCUCUCUUCUCCCCAGCAGGAGGGAGAAGAUGAGUCUUCAGAACCUGCUGAAGAUGCAGAGCCCAAGGAGGCUGAAGAAGGUGACACAGGGCCUGAAGAGGGCUCACCAGCUGAAGAAGAGAAAAAGAUGUCCAGCCCUGCCUCCAAUGAGAACCGUGAAGGGACUCUUUUGGAUUCCAUGAAUAGUGAGAAGGAUGACCUUUAUAAAGACAAUUCUGGAAGUGCCAGUGCAGAGAGCAGCCACUUCUUUGCAUACCUGGUCACUGCGGCCAUUCUCGUGGCUGUCCUCUAUAUUGCCUACCACAAUAAGCGAAAGAUUAUUGCUUUUGCUUUGGAGGGAAAAAGAUCCAAAGUAACUCGGCGACCAAAGGCCAGUGACUACCAGCGUUUGAAUCUUAAGCUCUGAUUUCUGCCUGCCACACCCUCGUCCUCCCUGCUGAUCUGUUUCUGAAUCAAGAGAAAUGAGGAGAAAGCACCGUGGCCUAGGAGACGCUGGGGCGUGUGCUUGUGACCCUUGUGCUGCCUGUUCCAUUGUCCUUUCCUCGGAGUGUGAGUGGAGGCGCCUGUGGGAACGGGGCCAGGCCUGCACGCCGCGGCCCUGGCCGUGGCUCUGCCCUCAGACUUAGGAAGCCUGCACGAGGAGGGCUUUUCUACUACACCUCCUGGGGCAGGGACGUCCCCUACAAAGAUGUAGAAGAUGGCGAGAUGCUGACCGGCAGAGGGCGCAGGGCACACGGUUCUCUUCAAAGGCUUUAGCAAACCAAACAGCAGACUGAAGAAGUGCUUUUGCCUGAGAGUCUGACCCAUCCAGCAUGAGCCCCCACGUUGUUCUGGUAUUUCUUAUUACUUGAGGCAGCGGAUCACCUUGUGUUUGGUCGUACUGAACACAGAGCUGGACUGGGGUUUCUGGAAGUAAAGCCUCUUUCCAUCAUUUUUCAUAAGUAGUAAUCAUCAUUGAAACAGGAUGUCCUUUGAUCCAGCCACUCAGUUGGAGCUUCUUGAAAAGGGCAGUCCAGGCUUCACACAUGGAAAUGCAGAAGGGUUUCCUCUGCACUUCUUUCAAAAACCUUUUGUGGAACAGGUCUCCCACCAACCCUGUUUUGCUCUUGUUGCCCAAAAUAGACAAAAUAGGUUUCUAUUUAUAAAAAACCACUCUGACCAUUACUUUUAUCUCUGUUAAGAUGCCAGUGACAGCUGGUAAAGUUUUCCCUGCUCCCCUGUCAGGAACCUGUUCCCCUGGGGCAGCAGGGUAGUAUCCUGAAUGGCGCUCUUUGGGUUUUUAAUCUUCUCUAGUCUUGCCCUGUUGUCCAGAUCCUGAGGAGAGUCGGAUCUCAGCUCUCAGGGCCACACAAAGACCGUGUUAGGAGGGAGGCGUGGUGGGCUCCAUGCUGUGGCGAGUCGGUCAGUACCUUCCACGUUGCUGCUUGUGCACAGGUCCUGUGUCACCUUGCCCAGCAUGGGGAGUCUCAGGCUCCUGGGUUCCUGAGACCCUGGCUGGUGCUGCCUGCUGACCCCCUCCCCUCCUGCUCCCCGUGGCUGGCUUGUGCCAUCUGCACGUUGCUUCCUCUGAGCAUCCUUCUCCCUACCACCCAUCCUCUGUGACUUUCACAAACCCACAUUAGUCCCUGUCCUCCUGUUAGGGCCACUGGAUGCACUGGACUCAUCCUCAGAGCUCAGUCCUGUUCUUGAGGUCAGUGCUGCUGGCAGGCAUGGUGGCAUGCCCUUUCUUCACGUCCGAUGCUGUCCUCGUCCUUGCUGUGGGGAUGAGACCCUCAGCCAGGCCUCUGACAGCCUCCCCGUCUUCUCCACCCGUCCUUGCCCUUGACCAGUCAUGCUGUGUGUGACGAGUACGGCCAGGUUGUCGCUGAAGCGGACUCUCCUCCCCGUCACGCGGCCUCUCCGCUGCCCUUUCUUCCAGUCGUCUGAACUCCACAUCACAAACCUACGUUUUUCUCGUUUCCUGGUUUUAAAUCUCCAGCUGACUUCUUUCCGUUCUCCUUGCUCCCCCGUCCACACCCCCACCCACUUCACUUCCCUCUGCUGACUCCCCAUGAACCACCUCAGUUGGUUCUGUCCAUCUUAGAGAGUCCUGGAAACAUCAAUCUCCCCAGGAUUCUGGCCCAGUCUGAGGCUCUGUCUGGACUUCUCGUGGCUUAGAGAAUCAGGUUGUGGACUGGUAUCGAGGACUCUGUGUAGUGACACCUUCCUUCCUGCACCUCUCAUACAGGCCAAAGCUCCCACCUCUGCCUCUGUGCCUUUGUUCUUAGCGUGCCCCCCCAGCUUCCCAUCUUUGUUACUUGGUAAGGUUUUCUCCCUUUCCGAAACCUCCCAAUCAAGACCCAACCCAAGUUUCCCUUGUCUGACUGCCUGCCCUGUGCAGUUGCUUCUUGAUUCUACCCUAAUCUCUGAUCUGGAAAGACUGCCCUCGACCCUGUAGCUUUUGCCUAGCACAGUGACAUUGCUGGGGACUUGGUAGUUCAGUUACUUCUUCCAGAGAUGUUUCUUUCUUCUUGCCACCUGGUUGUGACAGAUGAGGGCUUGCACAGCUUUCUGGCUGCUGGUGGCAGUGACCUGGACAUGUCGACUUAAAGAGGAGAGCAGGAAGAAAGGUUGGAGCAGGAAGAAGGUUGGCAGCAGCUGUCUCCAUGACAAGGGUACCAAGGAACACGAUGGGGUUUAAGUUCACUUUUCACCAUGGCUGUCUUUCUGCAGGUGGAUAUUGGCAGCAUAUUUUCUGAGUUUGUGUGGUUGGGGGCAAGCUGUUGAGGCAUCUCAAGCCAGGGGGUGGGGUGGAGCCACAAGAGGUGCCUCUGCAUUAGGAGGAAGGGGCUGCAGUCGUGGACAGUUUGAAAAGACCUGUCGCGUAGCUAUGCAUACUGACAAGUUUCUCUGUGAUGGCUUUUAAUGAAACACUGGGUGAUAGGGCUCUGCCUCCAGAAUUCCCCGUGGUAAUGCUUGCGUCUUUUCCAUGCCAGUUCCUGUCACGUGGUCCUGCAUGUGGGCACCUGGGCAUGCACACAGCCUGAAGCCCUUGCAGGAAGCUCGCCCCAGGCACUGCCUUGCUGGAGCAGGCUCAGUGGCGAGACGUUGAGGCUUCACCCAGAGCUGGCGCGGCUCCCCUCCGCUGGCUCCCAAGUCAGAUGUGGGCUUCCUGAACAUUCCCACUCAGAAACCCCUCUGGGACGGGCCCAGCUGUGAGCUGCACAGCACUCGAAGCUGCCUGCAGAGCCAGCCCCUCACGCUCCAAUAGGCGUCUUUAGUUCAUAAACUAGCGGGUUAAGUACAUGAUCAACUGUUGAGAUUGUUUCCCUUCUUUGUUUGCCCAAUGACUGGGUUGUCAUGGUUUAGCAUUGUUUUAUAUUUUCAGUUCUUUGUAACUUAAUCAUAUAAUUUUAUUUUUUUAAAACUUAUUUGGUCUAAUGAUAUUUUUCAGUACAUGUUUAAUGAGCUUCUAUAAAUGCCAUCUCAAUGUGAUUUUGUCACUGAAUGGAAACCAAAAUAAAUUUCAGAUAUCAAAGCAAUGAAAUCAUUGAAUU